UCCGAUUGUAAUCAUUGGAGUAUCAACUCAACAUUAGAUUAGAUCUAGGCUUUGAAAAUCGUGGAAUGGUGCAACCGCAACCCAAUUUAGCUCACGCAAAAAAAGCAACUGCAGUUGCCUAAAUCAAGAACAAACAAAAACAAAUUUAUACUUACCAACAGCUUGCUUGAUUACUUAAUGUUGGUUAUCUUCAAUAAAUUGUGUUUUCUUCAAAAGGUCGCAUUGUUGUUAUGGUUGAAGAAGGAUAUUACUGUUAAAUAAUUUACAGCAUACAAGAGUGUUUUGUUGUACACAAUUAAGUUUUAUCUCAAUUAGAAUAAUUACAUGAAUUAAUUCACUUUGAAACAUUAAUCAGCCCCAGAAUAUAUGAUUUCAUUUUUCUCCAGCUGAGUGAAGUCUACAGAAAAAAAUCAUUUGGAAUAAUAAUUAAUUGUAACAGUAUCAAGUCAAUAUUUCUUGGGGAAAUUGGAGUAAAUAAUGUUUCACAAGUAGCAAUUUUAAGGGUUGAAACAUCACCUUUUUUAAAUGAGACACUUUUAUUUGCAAUAGAUAUUUAAUCUGCCAAUCCACAUGUAUUGUUCUUCAUUUCAGCUGCCAGAGAAAGGUAGAAGACUUCAUAUCACAGUGUACCAAUACUUGUGCAAGCAAACAUGACAUUAACUGUAAAGCUUCGUUCGCCAACUCGACCCCCAUCACCAACAGCUGAUACAUCAAAAUCUAACGCUGCAGAGAGGAUGAGGAAGAAACGAGCAAAAUUAAAGGAAGAUCCCUCUGCAUAUGCAGCUUUUUGUGCCAAGGAAGCUGCACGCCAACGACAAUAUCGGAAGAAUCUGACUGCUGAAAAGCGGAAACAAUUGAAUGAAAAAUCAAUAUUAAGAAUGAAAAAGCUGAGGGAAAGUAAACAUGAUAGAAACAUGUCCAGCACACCUGCACCUUCACUUACCACUCCUCGGACCCGCUUGAGUGACCAGAAAAGAGGAAGGAGGAGAGAACUGUGGAGAGAACAAAAGAGACGAUACCGGUUGCGGAUGUCAGCACAGAAGAAGCGACGUGUUCGGGAACGUGAUGUUGCACAUAAGAGAGAGGUAAAACUGAAGAAAGAAGAAAAAGCAAAGAUGUUGAGGCUGAAUGCUGAAAGAAGAGCUGAAGAAAAAGCUGUCGAAGCAAACGCAAAAGACAUGGAGAAUGUUCUCAACUGUGUAAAAUCUACAUUAUCUUCAUCUCGUCAAUGUAGGCGCAAGUCAUUCAUCUGGGACCUAAAUACUUAUCUUGAUCUGAAAUAUGGUCUUCGGAAGAAGAUCAGAAAAUAUCUUGGCAUUUCAGAACGAAUAAUUUUGAAAUAUAGCAAAAUGAGGAGAUUAGGGUUGAAUGUUCAAAAGAGAAAGAAGAGAUCAGAUGCGACAAGCAGUGACACUCAGGCAUCAGUACACUCAUUCCUGAAACGUGUAGAAACUUCUACCUGCAUACCAAAUAGAAAAUCAGUAAGGAAAGAUGGGCAGCCGAGAUAUGUUCUCCAGAACUCCAUGGAAUUUACUCGUAAGACAUUCUGUGAGGAGCAUGGCAUUAAGAUUGGGAAAUCAGCUUUCGCAAAGAUGAGACCACGGAACAUCCUCCUGCAACACAAAGCAAGACUUGAGCAGUGCCUCUGCGAAGUAUGUACAAACAUUGACCUAAAACUUCAGUCCCUAAAUCGAGAACGCAAACAGAAAGGUCUAAAACAAAUUCCAAGUCGUUAUGACCUAUCAGACAUGACGCUCUGUACAACACCUUCAGAAGAAAGGCUCAAGUGUAUUGACCGGAAGUGCUCCAAGUGUGGCGUACAGGAGAUUGACAAUGCCCUGGCUCCCCUGCUUCAAGUCAGCAGUGAAAAAUCCAUAACAUGGAAAAAGUGGUGCUCCAUUGAAUACGCUCCGGGGAAAAAAAGAGUUGUCCUAACUGACAAAUGUGGGAACCUGCAUGAACUGGUUGAAGAAAUAAAGACAGAGUUAGCUUCAUAUCCCAAUCACCUAUUUCAAGCCAAAUGGCAACAGAAGCAAUUUACAACUGCAAGUACUUGUCCACCUCCAUCAUCGGUUGUUACUGUCAUGGACUUCGCCGAGAACUACACAUGCUCAAUCCAAAGAGAGGUCCAAAGUGCUCAUUGGUACCAGGCACAGGUAACCAUUCACCCGGUAGUCACAUACUACAGGUGUCAAAACAAUGAGUGCGAUAACAACACACCAGUGCGCGAGGCGGUGAACUUUCUGACUGAAGACAAUAAGCAUGACCAUCAUGCAGUCAACCACUUUGUAUGUGCGCUGGCUGAUCACCUUCACCAAAGAGCUCCCGACGCGACCCGCCUAAUUAUGUUCUCGGAUGGCUGUGCUGCACAAUAUAAAUCUCGCACGCCCCUAGUUGACAUAUCGUUCGGAUCAACAGACUUACCAUUUGCGUCAGUAGAAAGGCACUACUUUGGGAGCCGGCAUGGAAAGAAUCCGUGUGAUGGGGAGGGCGGAGUCGUAAAGAACUAUGUUACUCGGGCUAUAAGAGCCAAUUCUGCAGCCGUGACAGAUGCACAGACAUUCUUUGACUUCUGCAAAGAAAGACUGACCAAGGGCCCGACUGAAAACGGCGUAUGUGCUCACUCAAGAAGGACAUUUGUGCUUUGUAAGGUUGGAGACAUCUGCAGAGAGAGAUCUUCACGAGUAGAUGUCAAAACUGUACCCGGAAUACGGGGAAUUCAUGCUGUGGCAGGUGUUGAGCCAUAUGUAGUAAACACUAGAAGGCUGUCUUGCUUCUGCAAGAACUGUACAGAUUCCAAUGAAGAUGCCUGCCUGAAUGCAGGUAUAGUCGACACCUGGGUGCAGAAAAAGAUCAACAGAAUAUCGACAGGUGUGAACACUGAUGAACCUCUAUCCGCACAGAGAAUCCAAGUUGACGUCACCAUCAGAGGGAAUGAUAUGGAGAUCACCACCAGGCCAAUGGCAGAUGAUCCCCAGAAUGUGCCAGCUGCCGAUGAUUCCCAGAAUGAUGUGAUGACCCCCAGACCAGCUGCAGAUGAUACCCAGAAUGAUGUGAUGACCACCAGACCAACUGGAGAUGAUACCCAGAAUGCACCAGCUGCAGAUGAUACCCGGAAUGAUGUGAUGACCCCCAGACCGGCUGCAGAUGAUACCCAGAAUGAUGUGAUGACCACCAGACCAGCUGCAGAUGAUACCCAGAAUGAUGUGAUGACCACCAGACCAGCUGCAGAUGAUACCCAGAAUGAUGUGAUGACCACCAGACCAGCUGCAGAUGAUACCCAGAAUGAUGUGAUGACCACCAGACCAACUGGAGAUGAUACCCAGAAUGAUGUGGAGAUCACCGCCGACAGACCAGUGGCAGAUGUUCACCAAGCAGCCGAUGAGUACCAAUGUGGAGACUUUGUAUUGAUCAAUAUAUCAGUCGGCAAACGUGGAAAAAUUCUGGAAUACGUUGGAGAAGUGAAAGAUGUUGUGGGAGAAGAUCUUGUCAUCAAGUACAUGGCCAAGUCGGAGUCUCAUCCGGGGCUAUUUAUAUGGCCAGCACGUGAGGAUGUGUCUCGGGAAUGUAGAAAACAGAUAGUGAAGAAAAUGCCUAACCCUGUCCUUCGGGAAGACAUCAGCUGCACUAGAUUACAAUUUUUCACCUUUGCAGAACUCUCCCCAGAAUCAUGACUUGCUCCAUACAAUUUAUGAAUGUCUUAUUACUCAUAGAUUGGUUAAUAAUGAAUCGAGUCAUUCCAACUUCUUCAGAGAACUUGUGUAAAGUCCAGCACACCCGAUAUCGUCCCAAACCAUCGGUUUUAAAAUCCUUACAAUAUUCUCUGACUCUCGUGUAAGAGGAAAACCUAGAACUGCGUGUAUUGAUGUUAAAAAGGAGACAUGAUUAAAUGGCUGGAUCGUGCUAAUUUAUUGUUCUCACGUUGUACUUCAGUAAGGUUUUAAUCACCUCAAUAGACUUGUGUGUUAUGAAAACAAAUAAAAUUCAUGGAAAAUUGGCACAAAGACACAAUUAUUUACUGAAAAUAUUUAAUGAAUGCUCAAUUGAAUUGAUGCAUUAUAAUAUGCAAAAUAACCCAUUGAGUAUGCAGUGUCAAAUCUUUUUUGAAUUUCAGAUCUGAAUUACAUCAAAA